CUCCUCUUCCUUCCUCCAGUUUGAGCUAAGGAAACUGAGUGUCAAGAGGGAGAGUGGCUGGGCCUGGGUUCAAGAGCAGAGGCCACAGAGCCCUGGCUUGUGGGGGGGACAUGUGCAGGGCCCACUGGAGGCCACCAUGCCCCCCCUCCUCCCCGUUGGCGUUUGAGCAAGGCCCUGCCAGGCCCUUCCGGCCCAUUUCAAAGUGUCUACAGUUUCACUUUCAGUGGUUUCGACACCUGGAAGGCUGCUCCAACCCGCACCCACAGCGGCUGCCACCAGGCAGCCCAGGCCACAGGGACCAUGGGCUCCAUGUUCCGGAGCGAGGAGGUGUCCCUGGUCCAGCUCUUCCUGCCCACGGCGGCCGCCUACACCUGCGUGAGCCAGCUGGGCGAGCUGGGCCUCGUGGAGUUCAGAGACCUCAACGCCUCGGUGAGCGCCUUCCAGAGACGCUUUGUGGUCGACGUUCGGCGCUGUGAGGAGCUGGAGAAGAUCUUCACGUUCCUGCAGGAGGAGGUUUGGCGGGCUGGGCUGACACUGCCCCAGCCUGAGGCUGGGCUGCCGGCGCCCCCGCCCCGAGACCUGCUGCGCAUCCAGGAGGAGACUGACCGCCUGGCCCAGGAGCUCCGGGAAGUGCGGAAGAACCACCAGACGCUGCGGGCCCGGCUGCACGAGCUGCAGCUCCACACGGCUGUGCUGGGCCAGGGCCAGGGCGCCCAGUUGGCAGCCACCCACACAGACGGUCCCUCAGAGAGGACCCCCCUGCUCCAGUCACCUGGGGGGCCACACCAGGACCUGAGGGUCAACUUCGUGGCAGGUGCCGUGGAGCCCCAGAAGGCGGCCGCCCUGGAGCGCCUGCUCUGGAGGGCCUGCCGCGGCUUCCUCAUCGCCAGCUUCAGGGAGACGGAGCAGCCGCUGGAGGACCCGGUGACGGGCGAGCCUGCCACGUGGAUGACCUUCCUCAUCUCCUACUGGGGCGAGCAGAUCGGGCAGAAGAUUCGCAAGAUCACUGACUGCUUCCGCUGCCACGUGUUUCCGUUCGAGGAGCAGGAGGAGGCCCGCCGAGGAGCCCUGCAGCAGCUGCGGCAGCAGAGCCACGAGCUGGGGGAGGUCCUGGCGGAGACGGAGCGCUUCCUGAGCCAGGUGCUGGGCCGGGUGCAGCAGCUGCUGCCCCCCUGGCAGGUGCAGGUCCGCAAGAUGAAGGCCGUGUACCUGGCCCUCAACCAGUGCAGCGUGAGCGCCACACACAAGUGCCUUAUCGCCGAGGCCUGGUGCGCCUCCCGCGACCUGCCCGCCCUGCAACAGGCGCUGCUGGAGAGCUCGAGGGAGGCGGGCGUGAGCGCCGUGGUUCACCGCAUCCCCUGCCGGGACAUGCCCCCCACGCUCAUCCGCACCAACCGCUUCACGACCAGCUUCCAGGGCAUCGUGGACGCCUACGGCGUGGGCCGCUACCAGGAGGUCAACCCCGCGCCCUACACCAUCAUCACCUUCCCCUUCCUCUUCGCUGUCAUGUUCGGGGACGUGGGCCACGGGCUGCUCAUGUUCCUCUUCGCCCUGGCCAUGGUGCUGGCUGAGGACCGGCCGGCCGUGAAGUCCGCGAAGAACGAGAUCUGGCGGACCUUCUUCAGCGGCCGCUACCUGCUGCUGCUCAUGGGCCUGUUCUCCGUCUACACCGGCUUCAUCUACAACGAGUGCUUCAGCCGCGCCACCACCAUCUUCCCCUCGGGCUGGAGCGUGGCCGCCAUGGCCAACCAGUCCGGCUGGAGCGACACGUUCCUGGCGGAGCACCCGCUGCUCGCCCUGGACCCCAACGUUACCGGCGUCUUCCUGGGACCGUACCCCUUCGGCAUCGACCCUAUCUGGAGCCUGGCUGUCAACCACCUGAGCUUCCUCAACUCCUUCAAGAUGAAGAUGUCGGUCAUCCUGGGGGUCACCCACAUGGCCUUUGGGGUGGUCCUGGGAGUCUUCAACCAUGUGCACUUCGGCCAGUGGCACCGGCUGCUGCUGGAGACGCUGCCCGAGCUCAUCUUCCUCCUGGGCCUGUUCGGCUACCUGGUCUUCCUGAUCUGCUACAAGUGGCUGCGAGUGUCGGUGGCCGGCGCCACCUCCGCCCCCAGCAUCCUCAUCCACUUCAUCAACAUGUUUCUCUUCUCCCGCAGCCCCACCAACCGGCCGCUCUUCCCUGGGCAGGAGGCGGUGCAGUCCGCACUGGUGGUCCUGGCCCUGGCCACGGUGCCCGUCCUGCUGCUCGGCACGCCCCUGUUCCUCCACUGGAAGCACCGGCGUCACCUGAAGAGGAGGCACGCUGGCCAGCUGCAGGACGAGGGCAAGACGGGGCUUCUGGACUCGGGGGACCCGUCCGUGGCCGGCUGGGGCUCUGACGAGGAGAAGGCGGGGUGCUCAGGGGACCACGAGGAGGCCGAGUUUGCUCUCUCUGAGGUGCUCAUGCACCAGGCCAUCCACACCAUCGAGUUCUGCCUGGGCUGCAUCUCCAACACGGCCUCCUACCUGCGGCUCUGGGCCCUGAGCCUGGCCCAUGCCCAGCUGUCGGAGGUGCUGUGGGCCAUGGUGAUGCGUGUGGGCCUGGGCAGGGGCCGAGAGAUAGGCGUGACGGCCGUGGUGCUGGUCCCCAUCUUCGCCGCCUUUGCCGUGUUGACCGUGGCCAUCCUGCUGGUGAUGGAGGGGCUCUCGGCCUUCCUGCACGCGCUGCGGCUGCACUGGGUGGAGUUCCAGAACAAGUUCUACUCGGGCACCGGCUACAAGCUGAACCCCUUCACCUUCGCCGUGGAGGAUGAGUAGCCUUGCCCGUGCCCGGCCCGGCUGCCUGACUGAAGUGGGAACGGAAUAAAGAGCAGAGACCCAGGACUGUGUCUGGGUCCUGUCUGG